CAGCCCAAAGAUAAGGACAUGGAGGGAACAGAAAAUUUCAGAGAGAAAAUGGAGGGCGAGUUCAACAACUUCGUCAUGGUAUGGGUCUUGGUCUUCGUCUCUUUUUCCUACUGUUACACCAUGGCCAAGAUCAUCCCCAGUGGCAGAGCCAGGCUCCUCACUAUCAUCCCAGUUAUGGCUCUCUUCUUGUUCCUUCCUCUCAGACUCAAUACUCUGCAUCUGUGCGGCACAUUUGCUUUCUUCAUUGCCUGGUUGGCCAACUUCAAGCUUCUCCUUUUUGCCUUCGGCGAAGGCCCUUUAGCAUCCGACCCAUCAAUCUCCCUCCUCCGUUUCGCAGCCCUGGCUUCUCUACCAAUCAAAAUCCAGCAAAAUCCACCUCCCAAUGGCCCUUACAGAGAGAACCCAUCUCUUGAAAAGCCCAAAAAGGGACAGAAGUCACCUCUGGUUUCUACUGUAAAGGGUGUGGUUUUGGCCGUGGUGAUCGUUGCGGCUCACUUCAGCGAGGAUAUGCAUCCAAUUGUUUCAUUAUUCCUCCUGAUCUUCCAAAUGUACUUGAGCUUGGAAUUCAUUCUAGCAUUAGUUGCAACCCUCCCUCGAGUUCUUCUGGGCAUGGAGCUCGCUCCACAGUUCAAUGAACCCUACCUCUCCACCUCCCUCCAAGACUUCUGGGGAAGACGAUGGAACAUCAUGGCUUCCAGUAUCCUGCGCCCCACCGUGUACUUACCCACCCUCCACGUCUCGGCGCGCCUCUUCGGCCGGAAGUGGGCCCCAAUUCCUGCGGUCAUGGCAACAUUCAUUGUGUCGGCGGUGAUGCACGAGCUGAUAUUCUACUACAUGGGGAGGACGGCGCCCACCUGGCACAUCAGCUUCUUCUUUGUCCUCCACGGCCUCUGUUUGACGGUCGAGCUCGCUCUGAAGAAGGUUCUCGGCGGAAUUCUGGUCCUUCCGGCAUUUGUCUCUGGUCCGUUGACGGUCGCCUUCGUGGUGUCAACUGGCUUCUGGCUCUUCUUCCCUCAGCUCCUCCGCCUUAAGGCCGACGUGAGAGCGAUUGAGGAGUACGCCGCUUUUGUCGCGUUUCUCAAGGAUAUUGGUCGGGCUUUGACAUUCAACCUUAUCAGAGGUUAUCAAAGUGCCACGUAUGAAUCUUUUGUUCAUGAUUAUCCUUGACAUGUAUGCUCAUCAGUCGGUUCUCCUAGACCACACAACAAACUAAUGGUGGACCUCCGUCGUGUACAUUACGUACAAGCCUUAAUGACUUGUCUUUUUCAUUAUAAUUUUUUGACAAAAUAUUGAUAUUAUUUUGUUUUUCACCA